GCUCAGCGAAGGCCACGAAGUUGUACAGAAAUAAAUGAAGGUUUUAAAGUUUUCUACGUCGAGCUCGAAGUUUUGAACUUGGCUUACUUUCACCUGUUUGCUUAGUUUCUAUUCGGUUCUACUUCCAUUCGUGCACUUGAAAAUGAAAUUCAAAUUUUUCGACUGAUAAAGGUUGACCUUCUUCAAACGCAAAAAGAUGACGGCCAAGCAGCUCGGUUGCCCCUGCUGCGAGGAGCGCGUCGGAAAGCGGGGAGGCUUUCGCUUCAUGCUGAAGUGCGACGCUCCGAUCGAUGCCUGCGUUGAGUGCGUCAUCGACGACGAGAAAAUCCGCUACGACGCGGACUUGUAUCCGCCAUUCCGGUGGCCCCGGACACCCGAAUCGAUUGCGGCGUCGGCGAAAACGGUUGUUGCGGACACCGAGCAAACGUUGGCAAACGUGGUUUCGGCGAGCACGUUGGAUUUCAACAGUGUAGUUCUCCCACUGAUGAAGCUUCCGUGCUACAAGACCAACCCCUUGGUGUGCCAGAACAAGCACUUGCAGCACUGUUCGACGGACCCGGUGAUUCGCGAAGCCGCCUCCAAAGCAGCCACGGAAUUUGCAAACUGCAAGAAAAAGACGAAAACGCGGAAGGAUGUCUACGAGAAGGUAGCUUUUGAUGCUUCUUGCGACCACCCUGCUGGAGCGAGAUAUUCUGGCGGCUUUGAGUGUAGCACAGUUUCAGCGCAAAACACGCAGCGCCGCCCACAAAAAAUACACGACGGUGCAUUCAUCCUCGUCCGCGCGCAUGCUUUAACGCGAUCGCGAGCCUGCAACAUAGCCAAUGCGCGCCACGCACGCUGACGACCUCCACGCGGCUCCUCGCUCUUUGAAGAUACAGUGCGCCUGUCUCCUCACGCGGCUUUCUACGCGCGCGCGGCCUCAAAACAUCGCUCGGCAAGAAAGUAAGUGCCGAGAAUUCUCUGCUUGAUGUGCCUUUGCGUUUGCAGGUGCGUCGUGUAAGUAUCAUGUGAGUGGUGAGCAAGUGGAAACUGAGACAAGAUCCGUAUUGUACACGGCGUCUUUGACAACUGCACCUAGGUGGUUUCCUAUGCUGCGACUGAGGAGUAUAAAACCUUGUCCGUGUACAACAAGCAUUUCGUCGACGCCAUCAUUGGUAUGUACGAGCGUGCAGGACUGUCGCUCUCCACGGAGAACGCGGCGGAGCUCUCCAAGUUGCUCGAUGCCGACGUCGAUUGCUGUAACCGGUACAAGAAAAAUCUCGGGGAGGACAAGACCAGCGUAGAAUUCUCCCCUGAGGAGCUUAAGGGUUGUGAUGCCGAGUGGAUCAAGGAACGAACGAAAGAAAAUAAUACGGUGACGCUAACGUUGAAGUACCCAGACCUUCUCCCAGUGCUGCAAAACUGCGAAGUCGGCGAAACGCGGAAGAAACUGACACUGGCAAGGGAAAGAGCGUACGGAAACAAUUUGGACCUGGUGGCAGAGGGGAUCAACUAUCGGCAGCAAGUGGCAAAGAUUCUCGAGUUUGCCAGUUGGGCGCACUUGGUGACGCAAACGCGUAUGUCGGGCAACCCGGAGAAGGUGCACAAGUUCCUGGCCGAAAUCCGCGAAAAGGCACUUCCCGGGGCAAAGCGCGACUACGCGAGGCUGCUGGCGUUGAAGAAGACCCACCUGGGACUGCCGGAAACCGAUUCUUCUGCGGAUUUGGAAGCCUGGGAUGUCAGUUUCUACCACAGCCUGCUGUUAAAAACUGAAUACGGCGUCGAUCACGAGGAGAUACGCCAGUAUUUUCCCGCCGACAACGUCAUCAAGGGCACGCUGCAAAUCUACCAGGACCUGUUGUCUUUGCAAUUUACCGAACUUGAGGACUUCGACACCUGGCACGAAGAAGUGCGGCUCUUCGUAGUGCACGACCGGGGUGGUACAAAGGAGCGAGUGGGACACUUCUACUUGGAUCUGCAUCCGCGCGAGGGUAAGUACGGGCACGCGGCAAUCUUCCAUCUCUUGAAGCGCACGGAGACGCAAACACCUGUCGACUGUAUGCUCUGCAACUUGCCCGCGCCAAACAAGACAACAGGUAAAUUUGGAACGCCCUUAAAACACGCUUUGCAAAAUGAAGUAUUUGUGAUGUUCGCACUAAACUACAACCGCUCAAUACUCAACCCGUUCACGUACUGUGUGCACCGCUUUUCGAGUCCUCCACUUGAUACAGGCAAACCGGCACUGCUGCGGCACGACGAUGUGGUUACUUUUUUUCACGAGUUUGGGCAUAUCAUGCACGGUCUGUGUGCGGAGGGGAUCGGGAAUGCCACCACGCUGGCGAAGUGUCCGCGCGACUUUGUCGAGGCGCCCAGUCAGAUGUUGGAGAAUUGGUGCUUCAACGAGAAGGUGCUGCAGAUUCUCUCGAAGCACGUGGAGACGAGCGAGACCCUACCCAGUUCACUGAUCGAGAAGCUUCUGAAGGCCAAAAAUGUCUCCGAGGGGUUGAUGAUGUCGCGGCAGGUUUACCUGGCCACUCUGGACCUCACCAUCCACGGCGCGGGACAACUACCGCAAUCUGCCGACGAGCUACAGGCUUUGGUCGACAAGAUGCGCCCGGAGAUCUCGCUGAUCAAAAACCCGGCGAGUUGCAACAUGCUCAGAAAUUUUGGGCACCUGAUGAACCAGUACUCCGCAGCCUAUUACGGGUACCUGUGGGCCGAAGUACUGUCCGCGGACAUGUUUGCUUCAAAAUUCGAGAAAAAUCCGUUCGAUCAGGAAGCCGGGAUGGAGUACCGGAAGAAGGUGCUCGGGGUCGGCGGUACUGGAAAAAUUGCGGACCACCUGGUAAACUUCCUCGGGCACGAGCCGUCGCAGGACCCGUUCUUGAAAUCGCGAGGAAUCUUGUGACGGGAUGAUGGAAAUAAAUGCGGCGGCGACAUGAUCGGCGGCGAGCGCGAGUCCGUCCCUGCGUAGCUAAGUGCUAUUUUGCUUUUCAGAAAGCCGAAGCAUAAGCAAACCAGGACGACCACCAACUGCGGCUCUGCGACUGCGAACACAACGCCCCUUGAACGAUUGAAGCAGUUUUUCAAAAAUGAAAAUGAAGGUCUAAAACAGAUAGAAAAUACUUUUUGAAAAGGUCGCAGCAGAAGUGUUCGUUUUCGCAGUCGAGCAACCUGCUUCUUGUGUAUCGGUACGCACUACGACCAAACUGCGCAGCGGUUUUCGAGUGCCCGAGGGAGAAAAGAAAGAUCAGCGUCAAGAUCUUUGUU